AUGAACAACUUAAAGCUCUCAUUACCACCGCUCCCCCCCAUCCAAGGAGAGCUCAUGCUCGAUGUAUAUACGCAUCGGUCUAUGCUGAGUAAAAACAUCGACGAGGAUACAGUGCAUGGAAAUACCGAGCGAUUGGCUGAGCUAGGUAGCUCGGUGCUCAGUAUGCUCGUCGUGUACACGUUGUACUCAGAGAAACCGAUGCUUUCCGCCCAUGAUCUCAAAAUGCGCCAAGCUGACAUGCUAAGCGACAAGAACAUCGGAGACUGGCUUUCUCUUUACGGAUUAAAGGCUAAAAUUCGUUGUACAGAUAGAAGUGUACUUGACCAGCCUGAAGAAGCUCGUUUCGUCUUUAAUUCUUACGUCGGUGCCGUUUACACCCAGAAGGGACUGCAAGAAGUCAUGAACUGGAUCGGACGCCUUGUCAACCCUUCCUCGGAACCUCCAACAGCCCCAGGAGAAUCAUCCAACAACCAGCCCGCUGCAACGCCGCCUCCACCUCCUCCAACGUACUAUUCUCAGCCCCUACCCCUACCCCCGCCCCCGCCAAGCACUGCGCCUCCUCCGAUGCCAUCGAUGCCGCCACCUGCGCCCUCUCAGGGUGUACUUGCAAUAUUUAAUCAGACGUGUAUGCAAAGAGGACUUACAGUAGAGUGGAAACCGGAGAUGACGGGGCCACCGCAUAACCCGAGGUGGGAAGUGAAGUGUAUUGGUGAGCUUUUAGCCUUAUUCUAUGUGCUUGGUUAUCUGAGCAACUUGGAAGUGAGUGGACAACAUCGUGGAACCGGGGCAGGUAGAAACCAGAAGCAGGCAAAGGAGCAAGCAGCGACAGAGGCGUAUCAGUACAUGCAGGCUACAGGCUGGGGCCGUAAGUAG